AUGACUCUCUCUACUGGCCAUAUCGCUGGUCAGCUGGAGCACCUCAUUUGGUACAAUCUUGACAACAACCUUAUCCGAAAUGCCCUAUUUCUAGCCCAUCGUCUGAGCGCAUUUGAACCGAACUCCUACGAAUCUCAGUACUACCUGGCAAAUUGUCAUUUGCUCAACGGCGAAGUGAAAACAGCUUACGAAGUGAUUAGAGACACGGGCUUGCAAGGCGUGCAUGCUGGCUGCUCCUAUGUUUUUGCUCAGGCGUGUCUCGAUAUGGGAAACUAUGUGGAGGGUUUAGAGGCCCUGGAAUGCAGCAAAAGUAUCUGGGUGUCCAGAGUCCAGUGGAACGCACACAACAAACUUAAUCGACAACCCUCACCUGAUGCCAGUGCCGCCUUUCUGUUGCAAGCCAAACUCUAUGAUGCUCAUAAGGAGUCACAAAAGGCGGUGGACUGCUAUGUGGACUCACUCAGACUCAACCCAUUUAACUGGGACGCACUAAAGGGCCUUUGUGCGACAGGCACCGCCAUUCGAGUUGAUAACAUCUAUCAACUCACCCCCGAACUCCGCGCCACAAUAAAUGCUAAUUUGGCAGGCAUGGCAAAAAUGGAAACGUCGGAUGAAUUCUUCAAUCCGGAUCGUGCCCCAGACCCCAUGCCUGAUCCUUUUAUGGGCAAUGAUAUUUUCGGAGGCUCAGGUCUCUUCGACAAGCAUUCAGCCAAGGCGGCAGCUGCUGCACGGGCUCCGGAAGGCAUGGAGACCCCAGGGACACAAGGCAGCGUGUCGGAAGAGUUUCCUAUUGCAAACGGUGUGACUGAUCCCAUGUGGGAUCCGCCAAUGGCUCCGGCCAGAAAGAAGCGUGAUCCCUCAAGUCGGAAGCUGAACGUUGAGACUAGAGUCCAGCCACCUCCCAGGAUGCGUAGCCGCCAUCAACCUACAGUUCGCAAUAGAUCGGAUUCGUCAGCCGACGAUGAGCCUCUUCGAACAACUCGAGUUGGUGAUCGCAAACGCACUGUUACCGGUCAAGUCGCCCAUCCCUCUUCUCCACCGGUGGAGCCAAUUCCUCCCCAACGUCGCAGCAGAAGACUGUUUAAUCAAUCCCAUCCUACCUCCGUCUCCUUCAUGAGCAUGCUCAAUGGCGGCCCUCGUGAACCGAGGGCGACGGCUCUGGGACGUCCUACGAACGCAUCGAUUUCGACUGUUGGUCGUAUUGUGAGUGGCAACCAAACACCUGUGGAAGCGCCCAUCAGUGAAUCCACUGCCUCUCGCUUCCGACCUGGCCCAAUGCCCAGAGCCUCAGAGAAAAAAUGCGAGAUUGACGCAUUAAAAUGGCUUUUGGGAGAAUUUAAAAAGCUCGCUUCUGGAUAUUAUGAAUUGAGCCGUUACAACUGCUCGGAUGCUAUCAAGCACUUCAAAUCGCUUGAUUCUGCUCAAUAUGACACACCUUGGGUCUUCGCUCAGAUUGGCCGAGCGUACUUUGAGCAAGCAAUGUAUGCGGAUGCUGCCAUCUACUUCAACCAUGUUCGAGAGUUGUCGCCCUAUCACCUUGAGGAUAUGGAAAUCUAUUCCACCGUUCUCUGGCAUUUGAAGGAUGAUAACAAACUCACUCACCUCGCGCGUGAAUUGAUGGACGUGGACCGCUUUUCGCCUCAGGCUUGGUGUGCUGUCGGUAACUCAUUCUCUCACCAACGCAAUCAAGAACAAUCGGUGAAGUGUUUCAAGCGCGCUACUCAGCUGGAUCCUGAUUUUGCCUAUGGGUUCACACUCCAGGGACACGAGUAUCUUGCCAACGAGGAAUUUGACAACGCACUCGACGCCUAUCGCAAUGCUCUCAAGGCCGAUGUGCGACAUUACAAUGCUUGGUACGGACUGGGACAAGUGUACGAAAAGUUGGGUAAAUUGGAGGAAGCCGAACAACACUUCCGCCAUGCUAGCUUCAUUAACCCGUCCAACUCCGUGCUUAUUUGCUGUAUUGGACACAUUCAAGAGAGGUGUGGUGAGCUUAUGAACGCUUUGGGAUACUACAAGCGGGCCUGCGUGGUGGCACCUAUGUCGAUCUUGGCUCGGUUUCGCAAAGCCCGCAUUCUUGAGAUGGUUCAUGAUUAUGAAGGGGCUCUGCACGAGUUGAUAAAACUCAAGGAUCUGGCUCCUGAUGAGCCCAAUGUCCAUUUCAGUUUGGGAAAGCAUAAUGCCGUCAUCUGUUCCUGUUGGGGUAUCGGGCGGUCAAAUUCGAUCGGCAGAAAAAGGUGGAGGCCGAAGACCAUCUCAACAUGUGAAGAGCUCAUUAAGCUUCUCCAGCCAGCCAGAUUCCCCACGCUUCCAGCAGGCUGGUCCCAAGUUCUUUCGUCAACAAAUACCGAAGUUAUUGGUAAGACAAACACCCAACCAUACCUCGGUCAAAGUAGUAACCAGCCACUAUCUCUCAACAGUUGCAGUAUAAUCCCCGCCACUAUGUCUUGGGCUUCGUGUCUUAUGUCUGGGAUCAGCUCACUUGUCCUUGUGACAGGCUCUCUAUUUGCUAUAGGAACCAAGUUUCCUCGGGCAGCGUUUGCAGCUCGCUGCAUCGCCGCCUAUGGUUGCUUGCUCUUUUCCGCAGCUUACGGCGUGUUCGCUUCUAUAGUCCUCCGUCUCGUUGGCUUCGGUCGUAUCUCACAAUGGGCUACUGCUCGCUGUUUCAAGUGGGUAAUGCUAUUGACCACCGGUGUCAAAUUUGAAAUCAUCGAGGGGCAGGAGUACCUCACCACCCGACCUGCCGUCUUCCUCGCGAACCACCAGACAGAGCUGGAUGUUCUGAUGCUGGGUGCUGUUUUCCCACCUUACUGCAGCGUUACUGCCAAAAAGUCUCUCCGCAACGUUCCAUUUUUGGGCUGGUUUAUGACUUUGUCUCGCACUGUCUUCAUUGACCGUGCCAAUCGGGAGACUGCUGUGAAAGCCUUCGACAGUGCAGUCGAAGAGAUGCAUGUCCACCGCCAGAGUGUUUUCAUCUUCCCUGAGGGUACCCGCAGCUACUCUGAUAAGCCUACUCUCCUUCCCUUCAAGAAGGGGGCUUUCCAUCUCGCCGUUAAAGCAGGUGUGCCGAUUGUGCCGAUUAUUGCUGAGAACUACGCACACAUUUUGUACCCCAAGGCUUGGCGAUUCAAUGCAGGCACAAUCAAGAUCAGGGUUCUGCCUCCUAUUGAGACCAAGCAGCUGACUGCUGCAGACGUUGAUAGUCUCACCACAUCAACACGCGAUGCCAUGCUCAGGACUAUUAUGGAAAUGGCGGGCGUCGAAGAGAGCAGCGAGAGUGUCUCGACCGCUGUCGAGCUUUGA